GAGUCUGUGGAAGCACUUCCGAGCCGUCAGCCUCUGUUUGUUCUUACUCGUGUUCCCCGCGUACAUGGCCUACAUGAUUUGUCAAUUUUUCCACAUGGAUUUCUGGCUGUUGAUCAUUAUCUCCAGCAGUAUUCUAACCUCUCUUCAGGUGCUUGGGACACUCUUCAUUUAUGUUUUGUUUAUGGUGGAGGAGUUCAGAAAAGAACCAGUAGAAAAUAUGGAUGAUGUGAUUUAUUAUGUAAAUGGCACGUACCGGCUGCUGGAAUUCCUCGUUGCGCUCUGUGUGGUGGCGUAUGGUGUCUCAGAAACAAUCUUUGGUGAAUGGACUGUGAUGGGUUCUGUGAUCAUCUUCAUCCACUCCUAUUACAAUGUGUGGUUGCGGGCCCAGCUGGGGUGGAAAAGUUUCCUUCUUCGAAGAGACGCUGUGAAUAAGAUAAAAUCACUGCCUGUUGCCACAAAAGAGCAGUUGGAGCAACACAAUGAUAUCUGUGCCAUCUGCUACCAGGAUAUGAAAACUGCUGUAAUUACACCAUGUAGCCAUUUUUUUCAUGCGGGUUGUCUUAAGAAAUGGCUGUAUGUGCAAGAAACCUGCCCUCUGUGCCACUGCCAACUUAAGAGCCCUUCACAGCUACCGGGACUGGGACCAGAGCCAGUUCAACAGCCAAAUCCUAGUGCAGAGCAAAAUACCAGACCUGGAGAUGCAGCUGAGCCCCCUGGUGUUGAACAUGACAAUGGGCCAAGUAUUAAAGAUGGCCCUAGCAAGAGUGACGGACAGGGUGCUGAUGGACAGGACAGCCUGGAGGCCUCUGCUGAGAUGGAGGGGUCUCAAAGCAUGGACAGUGACACAAGCCCAUGUGAGGCCAGCCAGGGAGCAGCUUGUGCUGCAGAACUAAUUGCAGCCCCAGAGGGGUGCCCCGCUCAAGACCCGAGGGCUUGUGUCCGGCUCUAAGGUGACAAAGGAUGACGUGGGAACAAACACAUUUCAGAGAUCCAAGUUUGACUCCGAAGAAAACCUAUCCUUCCACAGCUGUGAAAGAAGUUUAGCUAUUAAUGCUGGUCAAAAUGUAAUCUCCCAUGCUGAUUUUUGUGGGCUGCUUGGUAGCGGUAACUCCAGUGAGAUGUAGUAGAAAUUACUCCAGAAGCUCUCUGAACUGUGGGCAUAGGAAGGAUGUCUGGAAAUAAAUUGCAGUGAAGGAGUGUUUCAAGACGUAGGUGAGGGAGGAACGAGAGGUCUGUGAGAGACUGUAGACAGACGGACAGAACACUAGCUUUUGUUUUGGUCAGGAAGAAGGUAUCGCAUAUAGCCAUGUCCCAGGGUACCUGAGAGGCGUUAAAUGCAGUGAGUUGCUAGUCUCUGACUGAGGUGCAGCUUUGGUUGCUGACAAUUUUUUUAUGGCACGUAAGCAAAAAAUCAAAGAUAUAACAGCAGUGAUUGUACUAGAAGAUGGAAGCACUCUUAAUACGUCAUGUGUAUGCUUUGGGUGUUCUUGGUGGGGCAAUUGCAUUUGAAUUCAUGUAAUCUAUAGUGACUCUUGACUUUUAUGACGGAGUCUUCAAUAUUUUGAUGUAUAUGAAACUUUUCCUAAUAACGGGCACAGUCUGGGCUGUAUGAAGUAAACUAAAGCUCUAAUGAACACUUUGACCUCUGCUGCCAUGCGCAGGAGGAAAGUGGGAUGAGUUUUAGGGCACAGAUAGAGGCCUUGCAGUACCGUGCUGUGUAAUGUUUAAUUCUUGCAGCUGAAUUAAAACAGUAUUAAACUCUGGCGAUAUUUGCACUUUGGGAAUGAGUACAUUAUUGUGUAUGAUCAGACUCCGCAAAUGCCACUUCUAAAGCUGUUAAUAGGUUUGCAACUUUUUUCUUUGACAAGGACAUGUCCAUACUUAAAUUUUUACAUGCAUCAUGGCUUCAAGUAGAACUAGGGAUUGGGGUGGGGAAAUAGGUGGGAGUAGGGGGCAGGCAAUUUUUUUAUGUGAAUUUUGAUAUGAAGAGAAAUUAGUCACUUAUUUAUACGAUAGGCUUGACUCGAGUGUUUUUCAAAGUUGGUAUUCCUAAUGUGAAAUGUGAUACUAUUUUAUUUUUAGUAGUAAAUUUGGAUGUAGACUGACAGACAUAGCUGAAUGUCUUAAUAAAUUACAUUUGAAGAUUUU